CUAAUAAGGUACAUGUAAGUAAUGGAUUUAUGCCAAGAAGAACAGACUCCCGGAGCCGCGGAGGGGAGGUAGGAGGCAACCAUUUGGAGACUGUCGCCGUCUUGCUGUCUCCAGGGUUUCGUAAGUAGUGCGGGGAACCUCAUAGAGGUCUUUUGCCCCAAGACCCAGACUGCUGGUUCUCUUUUUUUGUUUCCUUUAUUCCUUAUUCCCGGAAGGUUACUUUACCCUUCGCUGACAAACUCUCUAGCAAACGCUCCCGGAGACGCGAAGUCGGAGACAGCGGCCGAGGUGGGCAAGCAUAGAUGAUGUAGUAGGCGCGCCACCGGGCCGUGAAUUGCAAUGGACAAACCCCGCGCCAGACUACACACAUCAUGGAUAUCUACCUGUACAUGUACAUGUACAAAACACGAUUGUGCUUUACGUAUACCACGACCUUUCCUGCAUCUACCGGACAUAUACUACUCGUCGCCACCACAGCAGCCGAAGAGCCCGUAUCGCAUACGAUAGCGGUAUUCUCCCACGUCUAUACCCAUCAUGGCGUCAAACCUCCCCUUCAAGCUGAACAACCCAGAGCUGUUCCGAGAUCAAGCACUGUCCGCCGGCAGCUGGGUAGAAGCGAAAUCUGGCAAGCGAUUCGACGUCUAUGAUCCUGGCAAUGGCAAGGUGUGGGCCACUGCCCCAGACUGUGGCCCCGAAGACGUCGACGCGGCUGUCACGGCAGCGCACGAGGCAUUCCAGGAAUACAAGAAAGUCAACCCGAGGAUCCGAGCACAAUGUCUGUUGAAGUGGGACCAGCUGAUUCGCGAGAACCGAGACGAUCUGGCACAAAUCGUGACCCAUGAGACUGGUAAGCCACUGUUCGAGUCGCAGGGCGAGCUGGACUAUGCUCUGGGUUUCACCUGGUGGUUUGCAGGCGAGGCGGAAAGAGUCCAAGGCACUGUUCAAACACCAGCAGCGCCAAACAGGCGUGUGUUCACGGUAAAGCAGCCUAUCGGUGUGGCAGUGGCCCUUGUGCCGUGGAACUUCCCCAUUGCCAUGAUCUUGCGCAAAGCCGGUGCCGCUUUGGCAGCUGGUUGCACCAUGAUUGUCAAGCCAUCUCCAGAGACGCCCUUUUCCGUCGCGGCGUUGGCAUACCUGGCUGAGAAGGCAGGCUUCCCCAAGGGUGUCUUUUCUGUCCUACAAACCAGUCUGGACACAACUCCAGCGCUUAGCGAAGCUCUUUGCCGGCACCCUCUGGUGAAGAAGGUCACCUUCACUGGCAGCACCAGAGUUGGCAAGCUCGUUGCCAAGAUCUGCUCCGAUGGCUUGAAGAAGUGCACACUGGAGCUCGGCGGCAACUGCCCCUUCCUUGUCUUCGACGAUGCAGAUCUCGAAGCCGCUGCCACACAGCUUAUGGCUUUGAAAUGGCGCCAUGCUGGUCAAGCAUGCAUCACCGCCAACCGCGUCUACGUACAGAAAGGCGUGUACGAAAAGUUCUCCGAUAUCCUCGCCCGAAAGACUAAAGAGCUUGUACUUGGCCACGGUGCCGACUCCAAGACGACCAUGGGUCCAGUCACGACUGAGCGCAGUCUUGACAAGGCUUUGGCCCAGGUGGAAGAUGCCACAAAGCAAGGCGGGAAGGUCAUCUUGGGCGGCAAGAAGCUCCAGGGUACCUCGGGAUAUGAUGGAUACUUCUUCGAGCCGACCAUCAUCACGGGCGCGAAGGAUGGCAUGCAAAUUGCGCAGGAGGAGACAUUCGCUCCAGUUAUGGCCCUUUUCGAGUUCGAUACCGAGGAGGAAGCUGUCCGCAAGGCCAAUGAUACCAGUAUGGGUCUUGCCAGCUACUUCUUCACCAAGAACGUUGACCGCACUUGGCGGCUGCUGGAGAACCUUGAGGCUGGUAUGAUUGGCAUGAAUACUGGAAAUGCAUCAGCAGCGGAGUCGCCGUUCGGAGGCAUCAAGGAGUCCGGCUAUGGCAAGGAGAGCGGCAAAGACGUCGCAAUUGCAGAGUAUAUGAUCACCAAGACUGGCACUUUGACCUUGGACGGGCAGUACUAGUCUACUAGGAACGAACCCGGACGGGCAUCCCGAGCAGCAUACAUGAGGUUGAUCAGAAGAAGUUAUGACACCAGAAUCUAGAAUACCACUACUUUAUGUGACAUCAGUAGCAUGGCCGGCUGUUGCCUCGUCACUUAUCGU